AUGACGCACGUGAAUGUGGUUUUAGGGGAUGUCUUUGCCUGUUAUUUGGAUUUUAUUUAUUUUGCGCCCUUUUUUCUUUUUCUUUUUUUUUUAAUUCAUUCAGGAGGAGAGGGUAAAUUGGGAGACGCGGCGCCAAUGAGGCACACCAAUGAAAGUGGCACCUCCUCCCGCAAUGAGAAUAUGAACAAACAACACGAAGAAUUGACGGCUCUUCAGCGGCGAUUUUUUUUUUUGGUGAACGCCACCACGUCGAGCCUUGAGCAAAUUCAAAUGUUCGCUGAGAGGGCGCUGCGGGAGCAACACGGCGAGGGGGAAAUGCCGACGUGGCCGGGGGGAAAGGACGGCGCCCUUCCUGAGCUUCUGGCACUUGUGGAACGGGCACGGCGCGAUGUGCAAAUUGCCAGCACGUGUUCACCGUCGUCUUUUUUGUCUGCGGCUCUGCCAGAGGACGGUGCGGCGCAUGCAGUCAUGUCUGGCCUUGCCAGCAGCGAAAUGGACAGUAAGACCCGUGAGGAUGAGGUUUCCAAGGCGCAUCAGUUGGCCCGUCUUCUGCAGGAGCGGAAUGCCAUGAGGGAGAUGCUCAUGAACGCCGAGGGAAUGAAUGCCUCACUGCAGCUGAAGCUCAGCUCCCUGUCGGACGAGCACAAUCGGCUUCUACAGACGUUGGCAGAUGCCCGAAACGAGGAGAGCAUUUCGACGAAUGCAGCUACAGCAGUGGCCUCUCCGCAGAAUAUACCUCUGGAGGUCGUGAAGGAGGCGAUUCGGCGGCUUUACGAUCGCCGUGUGAAGGAGCUGGAGGAGGAGCUAAUGUCUGCAAGAGAAGAGUUACGUCAGCUGAGGACGGAGGGUGGUGAUGUCGCAACACGUCCGAGUGUUUCUUCCGUGAAACUAAAGGAAGAGGGGGGAACGUUAGACCCCGGAAGAAGGUUGCAUGGCGGUGGAGAAACUGAGGACGCUGUGGAGGGAUUGCGACGGCAGAACACGUUUCUGCGGAAUAAGUUAAUGCGGCUGAAGGAGGAAGUUCAUGCCAGUCAACAGGCCUCUGUUGUCUCCGCAGAGCAGAUGAAUGAGGGCCUGGGCAGUCUACUGAAGACGAUCACACGGCUUCAGCAGGAUGUCGAGACGAAGGAGCGACAGCGUGCUGACGGAGUGCUCGCACUGGAGGAUGCAGGACGAAGGGCGGAACAGUUUGCCGCACGCGUAGAAAAGUUGGAGCGACAAAUGGCGCAGAUGCGAGUAGAUGGAGCAGCGUCAGGCUCUUUUUGUUUUACACCUUUAUUUGGCGACCAGCGUGGCGCGGAGGCCAAUGGAUUAGGUUCCGCAAUGAAGGCCACGGUUGCGGAGAAGGAGGCAGAGUUGAGGCUGGCGCGGCGGGACGCGAAUGAUCUUGAGACGCGAUUGGGCAGGUUGACUGGCGCUCUUGCCAAGGCCCGUGAGCUGCUGCACGAGAAGGAGGUGGAGCAGGCAAAACUGCAGCUCAAAUUAUCCGAGACGCAAGGGAUGUGGGAGGCCGCGCAGUCACAGCUGGAACACAUGCGCACAAAAGAGAAUCUGUUGGACAAACUCGAGGCGGAGAUGCGCCACGCGGUGGAGGCGCUGCUGCGGCCACUAGGCCUCGUUGAGGGGACGGGCGAUUCCCCAGAAGGCGAACGCAGUGAUAGAGGAAAGGUCGGCAUCAACGGUGCGCUUCAGCGACGGCUCGAUGUCAUCUUGGAGCGUCUGCGUGGGUUGGAGUGGUUGGACCUUCAACUGCGCAAGAGGGACGAUGCGGUCGUCAUCCUUCAAGACGAGAACGCGGAUCUUGAGGAGCGGUGCCAACACCUGCAGCAAACGCUUUCGAAACUCUCGAAUUUAUUCGAGUCGAUACCGCAGACCCCUCUUGAGGUGGAGCAGUUGGUCCUGGAGCGCGAUGUUUUCCUCGCUGCGUUGCGGCGCUGCGAAGAGCUUGCGGUGGUGCCAAACACGAAGGAAGCAUGCAGAAGGGUGGAGCUGCGAAAGAUGGAGUUGGCAGCGCAACAGGAGAUGCGGCAGCGGUCAACUUCACAUGUCCCGCAGCUUCAACAGCGCACUGCAAACUCCCCCACCUCUUUUUUACACGGCGUCGUAAAGAAUGGCACCUCUCCUAACGGUGGAGCGACAGGCGCUUGUUUUUCAUGUCGGUCUCCGUCCAUCGUAGUUGAGGAGGAGGAGGAGGAGGAGAAGGGGAGUUACUGA